AUGGAGCCGGGGGCGAGCCCAGGGAGGGCGGGGCGUCUCGCGAGCCCGUUAGGAUCGCGGCUGCAGCCGGGAACGCCCCCGGAGCCGGAGAGGGCGGCGCCGGAAAGACCUCCAGGAUUUAAGCAUUCCCUGAGAAGACUUACUAUUCUUCAUUCUACAGAGUUCCCUUGGGAGGAGGGGGCCUUUGGGGGGCUGGAAACACCUUGGUCCCACAGAGGAGAAAUAGGCCAGGCCAAUUCUCCCCCUGUAAUUGUCAACACAGAUACCGUAGAAGCCCCAGGAUAUGUGAACAUGACCGAGGGGGAGAUGGAAUAUGAGGAGAUCACAUUGGAAGGGGGUAACUCAGCUCUGGGCUUCAGCAUUGCAGGUGGCACUGACAACCCACACAUCAGUGGCAAUCUGUCCAUUUUCAUCACCAAGAUCAUUCCUGGUGGGGCUGCAGCCCAGGAUGGCCGCCUCAGGGUCAACGACAGCAUCCUGUUUGUAAAUGAAGUGGACAUGUGUGAGGUGACCCACCCAGCAGCAGUGGAGGCCCUCAAAGAGGCAGGCUCCAUUGUUCGCCUCUAUGUCAUGCGCCGGAAGCCCCCGGCUGAGAAGGUCAUGGAGAUCAAGCUCAUCCAGGAGCCUAAAGGUCUUGGCUUCAGCAUCGCGGGGGGCGUAGGGAACCAGCACAUCCCAGGAGAUAAUAGCAUCUAUGUAACAAAGAUCAUGAAAGGGGGUGCUGCCCACAAGGAUGGGAGGUUGCAGAUUGGAGACAAGAUCCUGGCGGUCAACAGUGUGGGGUUGGAGGAUGUCAUGCAUGAAGGCGCUGUGGCAGCCCUGAAGAACACGUAUGGUGUUGUCUACCUAAAGGUGGCCAAGCCCAGCAAUGCCUACCUGAGGGACAGCUAUGCUCCCCCAGACAUCACAACCUGUGAGAGCCCUUCAAAUGCCAAAGCUCCCCAUGACCCAUACUGUUUAACCCAUGACAUGCAGCCCCAUGACAUCCCUGUAGCUGUCCCUCUUCAGAUAUUCCCCAUGAAAUAGCCACAAUCGCUGAUCCUUGCUGUGGCUGGAGAAGAGAUGGAAAAAUCAGUUGCCAUAAAGGAACUGAGAAGAUUGUCAAUGAUCUCUCCCCCAGAAGGCACAAAGCCCAGGUGGUUUGAUGACUAAUUUUCUGAAAUUCUCAAAAGAUAGAUAAUUUUUCUGCUCUUCCAGAGUACAGGAAAAGAUACAAGAUUUCACAUUUCACUGUAUAAGUCCAGUUCAAAUGGUCACAAAGAUAACAUAAAGUAAGGAGAGUAUAGACCCAUUUUGCUUCUUAAUAGAGAUGCAAAAGUUUACAAUAUAGUAGCAAACCAAACAUGCCAGCAUAUUAAGGGAAUAACAUAGGGUUUGUUUCAGAAAACUAAAGAUGGCUCAAUAUUAAGAAAUCUCUUAAUAUGAUUCAUAUAUUAAAAAGUCGGCCAGGCAGAGUGGCUCAUGCCUGUAAUCCCAGCACUUUGAGAGGCCAA